UUUCUUUAAAGUUAUUAUUACAAAUUUUAUUAAAAAAAAAAAUAUUUUAAAAAUGAAACUUCCAUUGAUUUUCCUUUUGGUUUGCUGUACAGCAUUCACUUCAUCUAAAUCUAUUAGCAAUGAAAUUUGCACUGAUUUAAUCGAAGCUGAAUUUGAUCUUGUACCAGCCGGUGUUUGGGAUAAUGUUAAGGAUUGUGCUAAAGGUGUUGUAAAUGCUGUUCUUGAAUUAGGUGCUGAUUUAGCUGAAUCAACAAAUGGAGCUAUUAUUAAUGCACUUAGAUUGAAAGAUCUUGUUUUGAAAUGUUAUAACGCUGGUGGAAAAGUUCAACAAGCUGCUUGUGUUGUAAAGAAUGCUGGUGAAUUCAAGAGAACCAUUUCACAAGUUAUUGAUGAUGCUCAAGAAUUAUAUUCAAUCUUGAAAGAAAAGGGUGUAAUUUUAGUUGAUGCCGUCAAAUCCUGCCGUAUUCGUGAUCCAGAAACAAUGUUCUACUUUGAAGUAAUCGCUGCCCAAGUUGAACAAUGUCCCGCAUUAUAAGAAGUUUCGAAUAAAAAGUUGAAUUGAAGAAA